AUGGAACUACUGUAUGCCCUCUUGCUUGGUGCUGGGAGUGUCCUGGCAACUCCUUGGCUCUUAUUGCUGUUGUGGGCAAUUUGUUAUGAUCUCAUCCGAACCAAGAUGCCCCCUGAAUUUGACCAUCCGCUAAAGCUUCGAGCCUUUUACUGGGCAGGAAUUAUGUUGUGCACUGCGGGGAAGAUUUGCGAAUUUUUGGGCAUCUGCAGGCAGCUUGAUGUCAUUCGCUUCGCAAUAAGUUUCAAGAAGUCCAAAUUGGAUCCAAGUCUCUUUGCCAAAGACCUACUUUUCGAUGGAGUUCCUGUCCGAGUUUACCAGCCUAAGGCGCCAUCUGCUGGCAGGAGGAAAGGAAUGCUUCUCUUCCAUGGGGGAGCUGGUAUGGCUGGAACUAUUGAUUUCUAUCAAAACAUUUGCAAUAUAAUUGCCAAGAAGGCUGAUGUAGUGCUUGUAUCUGUCGGCUAUGGGUUGUCUCCUGAGCACCGGUAUCCCAGCCAGUACAAGCAAUGCCUGGCAGCUACCGUACACUUCCUGAAAAAUGCGGAGGCCUAUGGAGUAGAUCCUUCCCAAGUCAUCAUCUUUGGAGACAGUGCAGGAGGCAAUUUCACUUCUGUUGUAGCUCAACAACUGACAAAGAGGCCAGACCUCCCCAAGCUACGGGCUCAAGCACUGAUCUAUGGUGGCGUCCAAGCGAUGGACUUCAACUUGCCUUCUCAUGUACAGAAUGCUUCUAUGCCGCUCUUGACCCGGGAAGACCUAUUGCACUUUGGCCUGCAGUAUUUUGUAAAGGACCCGGCUCUGAAAGUCGAGCUCCUGAAAGGCACUCAUGUGCCAGACGAUUAUAGAUUGAAAUACCGAAAGUGGGUGAAUGCCAAUAACAUUCCCGAGAGAUUUAGGCAUGGUUACCAAGAGGUGCCGUUUGCUCCUUACAAGCCCGAGAUUUACAAGCAGGUGCCAGAGCUGAUGGAAGAAACUUUUUCUUCCAUUUUUGCUGAAGACCACAUCAUCAAGCAGCUCCCAGAAACGCUCAUUGUGACCUGCCAAUACGACGUCUUUCGAGAUGACAACCUGUUGUACAAGAAACGGUUGGAGGACUGCGGGGUGAAAGUCAAAUGGUUCCAUGCUGAAAUGGGGUUUCACGGGGCAAUGAACUUUUGCGAUGCAGGCAUUUUCAGAUUUCCGUCUGGGGUGGAAAUUGUGGACAGCAUUAUAGACUUCGUCAAAAGUCUGUGA